GGCUGCUUGGUGUACGCAUCCUCCGAAUCAUCAGAAGCUGCAGGAAACAUUUAAGUCAUCAUUCUCCAAGCAGGCGCAAGACACCCGUGAAAGCCAAGUAGUGAGAAACAGCGUAACUGAGCCCCAUUCGGGACAGCCACCUCUUCAGGAAUAACAAAGGGAGAAGCCCUGUUUUCAUUCUGGUAAGCUUAUUUUUUGUGUGCCCUGACAUGGCUGGCAAUGCUGUCCAAGGCCUUGCAAGAGCUCAGAAGUUGCGUUGGGGCCCUGAGGUGUGGGUGCUGAGCACCCGCAACAAAAAUUUUGUGGGUGCUCAGGCACCCAGAGCCCUCUAUAGUUUGGGGCAUUUUAAUCAUGGGCAUUUUUACAUUUCAGAUGUAGCCAAUGCUGGAGACAUACCUCAAGGUUUCAACGUGUGUGCCGUACACAGAGGUUUCCUCCUAAGUUUGUUGUGGCCAGCUUGCUGGGGAAAAUGAAGUGGGAUUGCAUAGUUCCACUCAUGAUUCUCUUAGUUAUUAAGCUAAUAGGCACUUCACUGUUCCUUCUCUAUGGUGAGUAUCAUGCUGAAUGUGAACUUUCAGUAGAGUCUGCUUUGGCAGACCUGACUGCCAUUUGCAAAGAGUUAGUUUGCUCUUUUUUAUUAUUGCAAACCUUCGUUUAGGAUUUUUAAAAUAAAAUCAAGCAGUUAUCAAAAACAAAGAGCAUAAACAGCUUGCAAUUUGAAAGCAGCAUUGCAAAUCAAAAUUGGAAUCGCAGGAUAGUGCAGUUUACCUAUAACAAAGGGUGUUGUGCGCUCCAUAUGUUGUUGGACUACAACUCCCAUGAUCUCUGUCCACUGGUCAUGCUGGCUAAGGCUGAUGGGAGUUGUAGUCCAGCAACAUUUGGAGAGCACCACAUCAGCUACCCCUAAGACAGGGGUGGAGAAUCAUUAUUGGCCAGCAGGUCCAGUUCCUUGUCUCCCCAUCCCCUGUCAGGGGAUGACGUCAGGUGAUGCUGCACUUUGAAGUACUGAUUGUUGGGACUUCAAAGCACAGCACAGCAGUUUGAAAGCCCCUUUAGGGCCUAAACUAUAACAUUAUCCAGAAUUAAGGAGGGCUUGGCCUUUUAGUCCCGCCACCAUAUAAUUUUUUUCUGGUGAAAAUCCUCCCUCCUCAAACUGACAUGGGGAAGAUAUUCAAGGGCCAUGUGUCUGGACUUUAAGAUUUGUUCUCUUAUGGAUAAAAUGGGGGUUCUAAUCUGUAUUAGAUGCCCAGGAAACUAAUGUGGGACAUAGCCAGUUCUAUUUUUCUAGAAAAGGGGGUGCUGGAACUCACUGUGAACACCUCCCUUGUUCUCUUAGAAUGGCAGUGGCACCCACCUGAGAGGUGCCGGAACUGAGUUCCAGUGAUUUCUGGCUGGAAAAAAGCCCUGGACAUAGCAAUGUGAUUUUUAAAUUACUUAAAUUAAAAAGUAAAUUGAAAACACAUUCUGGCCAACUCUUGAUCCUGUAAUAUGCUGCUGCUUGGGGAAUUAUCUCUGCUGUCCUGUAAAGAAACCUUGCCCUAGCUCUGAUGGCUUGUACCAAAUUGUUUUGUCUUGUGGUUGCCUCUGAUCAAACAGCUUUUUGGAAAAGAUAAAGAAAUGUACCAAAACAGUUUGGAAAAUGGUAAAAGGGGUGAGUGAAAAUAAGCUCUUCUUAACUGUCAUUUGAGAUUAAUGCAAACUGUCAUCAGAUUGCAUUAAGAAAUGAUGACAGGAUUUUCUGUUUUUUUUAUUUUAAAUAUUUUUAUUACGAAUUUAAACAAAACAUAUUAUCUUAAAACAUAUCAUCCUUAAUUCCCCCCUAUUUUCCCCCUCCCCCCAUAAAACAACCCCUCCCCACCCCCUGACUUCCCUCAGUUCCAAUCUCCAAAUUGUAUAAAUCCUUAAUUUAUCUGACUUAUGACAGGAUUUUCUGGCUGAAAAGAACCCAUCAUCUCUGAACUUCUCCUCUGCUUGAACUUCUUUUGACUCUCCACAGAGCUGCACUCAUUCUCGGGCAGAGCCAGUCCUACCAUUAGACAGAGUGAGGCAACUUCUUUUGGAAGCGGGCACUGGGGGUGAGGAGCAGUGCCCAAGCGUUAAGAGGACGGUUCUGUGGGUUCCACAUGGUCUGCCCUGGGUACCCUAACUUAGGCUUCAGUUGCGUGAUGGAGGCCAUUGUCCCAUUGCUAGCCCUGAACGAAGGCUGCAUAGAACACCAUACACUUAAAGCGCACUACUACCCACUGGAAGUGUAGUUUGUCAAGGGUGUAGCUUUGUGAAAGGUAAACUUCAUUUCCCAGGAUUCUUGGGAGUGCGGAAGCCGUGUGUUUUAAAUAUAUGUUGUGUACACUGCCUAAGACUCAACUACCAGGUCAGUCGGCUUCUGUAUGUGAAACUGGGGGUGGCCAGUCCUUUUUUUCUGUGGGGACGCAGGGGUGCGCAUACCCCUAAACAUUUUGUGAAUCUUCGUACUUUUGUCCAUUUACUGUAUUUAUUUUCCCCGAUUCGAACUAUAAAAUGGUGGUUUUCUUGAGUCAAAAUGAAAUUACCCCUAAACAUAUUUUUUUUAGAAAAAAAGCACUGGGGGUGGCCAUUUUGACCUUUGCCUCAGGCAGCAAAAUUUCUUGAGCCUUCCCUGUUCUCAUUUGUGUGGAGACACUGUUUCUGAGGAGUGGGAGGGCAGCAAGGCGGUUUUAUCAACAGCACAGAGCUAUUUCUUAACUUUGGCCCACAUUGUGCAACAAACCUAUGGCAGCAAAAGUCCUACUUCCUGAAAAACGGAAGUCUUCAUGACUUCAUUAACCAAAUGUCUGGUGUUUCCAAAAGAAGCGCAGGACAGGCUGUUGCCACUGGUGGUUUGUCAUGCGAUUGAUCAGAGAGCUACCAACUUCUGCCUCAUGAGUGUUGCUUUGUGAGGGAGAACCGGCUCCCCUGCCAGAGGAUACUUACUUACGAACAAAUAAGUUUCUGUCCUGCAGCUUCAGGAAAAAUAAAUUUUAAAAAAUGCUCCCAGGGUGAUUUUCCAAUCAUUAAUAAAACAAUUUAAACACUAGAAGAAGAAUAACCCCAAUGAGUAAAAGCAAUAAGAAUAAAACAACAGAGUAUCAGCAACUGAGAUGAGGUGUAACAAUUUAACUGACUUUUAGGGUAGAGAAAAGGAAAUAAAAACCACCGCCUAGUUCAGGAAUAAUACACAAUUAAGCAUGCACAAUUUUAAAAUUGCCUCUGUCUUUCCCACUUUCAAACAUACUUGGAAAUAAUGGCUUUGUUUAUUACACCAUUUCACAGACGAAAUGUUUUAUUUUAUUUUAUUUUAAAAUACAUACCUGUGCAUGCCCACAGUGGGCUUCAGGUAUCUAGAGCAUCUGGGGGGCGGGGAGUAGUAAACGAGGGGAGGGGACAACAGCACACAGCAGAGACAAUGUUUAUAGACAAUGGCCAUCACGAUACAGUAUGAGCACAAAUCACCCAACUACAAAACAACAUGCAUUGUAUGCACCAGACCAGGACAAAUAUACAAUGUUGAUUCAAGGGUACUUUCCCAUUUCAUGUGGGCAAUGGUGAGGACCAGCAAAUAUGGAGCAGAUUCGCACCAGACAUCCAACAUACAUUUAAAUCCUGUGACUUCUCCCCCCCCCACACACACGUAUUCUGGGAACUGCAGUUUCCCCCUCACAGCGCUACAAUUCCCAGUACCGUUAACAAACGAAGGUUCCCAAGAUUCUUUGAGGGUUGUUGUUGUUUAGUCGUUUAGUCGUGUCUGCCUCUUCGUGACCCCAUGGACCAGAGCACGCCAGGCACUCCUGUCUUCCACUGCCUCCCGCAGUUUCCUCAAACUCAUGCUGGUAGCUUCGAGAACACUGUCCAACCAUCUCGUCCUCUGUCGUCCCCUUCUCCUUGUGCCCUCCAUCUUUCCCAACAUCAGGGUCUUUUUCAGGGAGUCUUCUCUUCUCACGAGGUGGCCAAAGUACUGGAGCCUCAGCUUUGAGGGUAGUCAUGUGCUUUAAAUGUAUGGUGUGUGUCUGCCUGAAAGUCCCUUGGAUGACUGAGUGUUUGCCCUAAAGGAUGUCCCAUCAUCCUCUGUAACUUGUAGGGGUUCUUUGGCCAAGGUGGAAAGCAUUCACUUAAAGCAGAAAAUCUGAAAUGUACUGCUCUGAAACAUCCUUGGGUGGAUCUACACACAGCAGAAAAAACACUAUAAAUAAGUCAUAAAUUAAAUCGCUUUAAAAGAAAAAACGCUAUGUAAAAUCUCAUAGAAAAGUUUUGUGCUCUACAGUGCCAUCUGGUGUUGCAUUUAAAAUGUUGUUUUUUGACUAAUGUAGUUGACUCCCUCUGUUCGGGUAAUAAAUGUGCUGAGUUCACAGGUUCUUAUGAGUCUUUUUCAUUCAGCUUCACAGAUCUUCUUCCAAGGAGACCCCAUUCUCACCCCAUCAGGAGUAAAAGAUGGUAUGUAAUAAAACAGCUCAUGGGGGAAAUGGGAAUUUCUGCUCCUUUGUAUAUAUUAAAUCCAGUCGUCUCCUGUUUCUCCUAACUUCUACAGGCUGCCCCAUAAGAUGGGUACUUUAUGCUGGCAAAUGCUACUUCUUUUCUGCCGAAGAAAAAACAUGGAAUGACAGCCAGGAGGACUGUGCUCAAUCAAAUGCUCAUCUUGCUGUUGUCAACAACAAAGCAGAAUUGGUGAGAAGACAGGACUGCUUUGCAAAGCAACAAAAAAAUAAGCAUGGUGUUCUGUGAUCGAAUUAUUGGCCUGCUUUCAUAAAAUAGUUCACAGUUGCUAACUUUUCAGGGCUAGACAAGACAUGGUACCAUUUGCACAACCAGAAUGAAUGGCAUGAAUAGUUUAGAUUUGUUUUAAAAGGCGUUCCCUGUGAAGAAAAAGGGUUUGGCUGUUAAACCAGGCUUAGAAUGGGGAAUAGGUAAAGGUAAAGGGACCCCUGACCACUAGGUCCAGUUGUGGCUGACUCUGGGGUUGCGGCGCUCAUCUCGCUUUAUUGGCCGGCGUAGUUUAACCCACAGGGGGUCUCCUUACAACACUCAGUGGUGCCGUGGUCUAAACCACAGAGCCUAGGGCUUGCCAAUCAGAAGGUUGGCGGUUGAAAUCCCCGCGAUGGGGUGAGCUCCCGUUGCUCGGUCCCAGCUACUACCAACCUAGCAGUUUGAAAGCAUGUCAAGUGCAAGUAGAUAAAUAGGUACCACUCCGGCAGGAAGCUAAACGGCGUUUUCGUGCGCUGCUCUGGUUCGCCAGAAGCGGCUUAGUCAUGCUGGCUACAUGAGCUGGAAAAAUUGUCUGCGGAGAAACGCCGGCUCCCUCAGCCAGUAAAACGAGAUGAGCACUGCAACCCCAGAGUCAUCCGUGACUGGACUUAAUGGUCAGGGGUCCCUUUACCUUUAACAACACUCAGCACCUUUAAGAAACUACAGCUCCCAGAAUUCUUUGAGGAAAGCCAUGACUGUUUAAAGUGGUAUCAUGGUGCUUUAAAUGUGUGGUGUGCAUACAGUCCAACAUUUUUUCAGUGAAAAUAGGGAUGUCCUAUUCCAUAAUAUUAAUUUUACUAUUUGAAACCCCACCCAUCUGACUUGGAUACUCCAGCCACUCUGGGCUGCUUCUAAGAUAUAUAAAAACAUAAUAAAACAUUAAACUUUUUUUAAAAAAAACCAAACCCUUCCUUCUACAAGGCUGCCUUCAGACGGCUCAGGGGUCAGAUAACUCCAUACCCUCCGACAUUUCUCCAAUAAAAAGCAGGACAUUCUGGGUUCAAAUCAGAAACUGUGACAGCUUCUGUAAAUCUGGGACUGUCCCUGGAAAACAGGGACACUUGAGGUGUGGAUGUGGCUUGUGGAAAACCACACUACACUGCUUGCCCAAGGACCCCCUGUUGUAAACAAAAAUUGCCCUUUUCCCUUAUGGGGUAUCCAAGAGCCCAUAUAGAGUCCUUAACAUAGGCUCCCUAUUGGGUAGGAGAAAAUUACAGAGGCCAACCAGAGAAUAUUGAGAAGCAAAGCAGCUAGUAAGCUUGAUCUUUAUUGAUCUGUUGCAACAGGGUGCUCCCCUCACACACAGGAAAGGAGGAGGACCCAGAAAAAUAUUGUGCAAGGCCUUAUAAAGAAUUUUGAAAUUGCCACCCUGUAGAUCAAGACCACCCCCAGAAACAUCAUACAUACAUCACAGAAAAAAGCAGUCUAAACAGAAAUUUAAAUGUUGUUUUUCUCUUGUCCUUGUUUAUCUCCUGUCUGGCAGGUUACUUGAUUGGAUUGCCUGGGGAGCCUGACCAAUCUUUUGUAAUGAUAAAUACUUAGUUCCUGGGCCAGGUCACAGGCUCACACCCUAUUCAAACACAGACAUACCCUUAAGACAGGAUUUGUGAAGGAAAAGACAAUGGGGAGGCUUUUCCACUUUGACCUUGCAGAGAAAACAUUUGCUCAGUUUAGGAAUCAAAAUGGCUUCAGGUUGGUCUUCCUGUGCUGAUCUAUGUACGUGCGGUUAUGAACAUUACCAUAUAUCUAAGACCUCAAAAUUCCUAUCACACCCCAAAACCAGAAGACAUCCUUGCUAAAGACAAGAACCACCACCGCCCUGCCCCCCAUUACUGCAUUGCAUUCGCAUAUCAGAGCUCUUGGAUUUCACUGUGUUUUCUCUUACUUAUUCUGCAAAUGCCUCCUAUCCAGAUGUUCCUGUUCAACAGAACAAACCAUUUUGAGUAUUUCAUUGGCUUAACACAGCAAGGUUCCAAGGGAUUGUGGAGAUGGAUUGACAACAGAGCGUAUGACCCUGACGUGUAUGUUUAUUAUCAUUCUGGUCAUUUGUUGUUUGUCACAAAGUGAUGGGGAGGAAAGCCUCUGUUACUCAGCUUUCUUUCCCCCUUAUAGUGAUACCUCGGUUCUUGAACGUAAUCCGUUCCGGAAGACAGUUCGAGUUCUGAAAUGUUUGAAAACUGAGGCGCAAAGGGCUGUCUGCAAAUGGAAUUGAGAAAAUUGGGGGGGGGUGCAGUGGAAGCCGUUCAACUUCCAAGGCGCAUUUGAAAACGGAAGUGUUUACUUCAGGGUUUUUGGUAUUCAGGUUCUGAAACGUUCAUCAAUGGAGAUGUUCAAGAACCGAGGUACCACUGUUGCAACACUCACCCACCUUACGUGGCUGUUACAAGGAUUACGAUGACGCACAAGAGACCUUCAGCUUUUUUAAAAAAUAGCAGAGUGGAGGAUAGAUCUCAUAACAUAGUCUCUGGGGAUCCUGUCAAUAUGUGUGUAUGCAACAGGGAAAUGAUCGUGCCCAUUUUUCAGAGUGUUAAUAGUAUACAGUGGUACCUCGGGUUACAAACGCUUCAGGUUACAAAUGCUUCAGAUUACAAACUCCGCUAACCCGGAAGUAGUUGCUCCGGGUUGCAAACUUUGCCCCAGGAUGAGAACGGAAAUCGCGUGCCAGCAGUGGGAGGCCCCAUUAGUGAAAGCGCGCCUCAGGUUAAGAACGGUUUCGGGUUAAGAAUGGACCUCUGGGACGAAUUAAGUUUGUAACAUGAGGUACCACUGUAAUGAGCACUUCUAAGCACUUAGGCAUUUGGAAGAGAUGCUGGAUGCAUCUACUGAACACAUCCUGUCCCUGCAAACAAUAUCAUGGCCAGUCUUCAUCAGGGCCGGCCCAAGACAUUUUGGCACCUGAGGCAAACCACAAAAUGGUGUCUCCCCUCCUCCUCACCAGGGAAGAAGGGGUGAGUGAAGAUCUGCAUCAGGAACAAGCGAGAAAUAAAAGAUCUCUAUUGAGAUCCGCUGCCCCUGUGGGUCCUGCCGCCUGAGGCAGUCACCACCAACUUGCCUCAUGAGUGUGUCGGCCCUGCAGGUGGUAACAAUUUUUUUUCAGACACAGUAGGAUACAGGUUCUGUAGGCCACCGUAUUAAAGUUACCAGUUUUGGACUUCCAAAAUCCUGGCAUCUAGGUGGGCCCGGGAUAGCAAAAGGCCCCACAUUUAAAAACAAAAACAAAAAACAUAUUUAUACCCCAGCCAUGUUGAUCUGCCACCAGCUGUCCUGCCUUCCUUGGCUCAGCAAGUUCUGUGCAGGGUGACAGUGAAAGGGACCACGCAGACAGGAGUGCUGCAGUCUCCCAAGCGGCGGCUGAGGCUAACAACUUGCAGAAGUAUAGAAUUGUAGAAUCAUAGAGAUGGAAGAGACCACGAGGGUCAUCUAGUCCAGAACCCUGCAAUGAAGGAAUCUUUUGCCCAGCUUGGGGCUUGAACCCACAGCCCCGAGACUCAGAACCUCAUGCUCUACCGUCUGAACCUGCUAAUUUUCACUUCUCUCCCCUUCACAGAUUGAAUAUCAGAAGUCGAAUUUAUGACUGUGCUGUGCUUGGAUUACACCUUGUCACUUCAGCACCUUGCUCCGUAGUAAACCGCUGGAUUUGUGAGGAGAAGGCAUAGUCGCUCUCCGCUGUAUGGGAGAUUCUCAGCAAUGUGGAAUUAAGACUCUUCACUCUGCUAAGGAACUUUGGACCUGAUUCAGUUCUUGUUACGCAUAACCCUGGAAAGGGAAGUGUGUUCUCUCACACAUGAAGACUUUUAUCCAGUCAAAUAUAUGAGUGGCCCAAUAAACACUGCAAAUACCGUAUUUUUCCGUGUAUAAGAUGCCCCCGUGUAUAAGACGGCCCUUAUUUUGAGGGACUCCAAAUUAAGAAAAUGGGGGGAGAUCGUAUGUCCCCUCGCCAGCAGAAGCCGCCAAUUGCCCGCCCAACUGCCGCAGCGACAGCCAAUCAACACCGGCCCUUGCCAACAUGCCCAAUAGCCGCUGACAAUCUCCGGCUCACAGCAGCAGCCAAUCCCAUGUCCCCCCUAUGCACUCUCCAUGUAUAAUAUGACCCCCAAUUUUAAACAUAAUUUUAAAUGGAAGAAAGCUUGUCUUAUGCACAGACAGUAUGCUUCCAGUUGCACUUCUGCACUGACAUAAAUGAGCCGCGAGUGUGUAAAUCUGCUUGUGUCUUUUGAUCUUCCUUCCCAUUCUUGCCGCAAUGGAAGUCUCAAACAAUUCCCCCUGUUGCUUGUUGGUCAGAUUAUCUCUCUUGCCUUGCCACAUGUGAAAGACACUUUCUUCUACUCGGAAAAGAGGGUUCAGGGAGUUUAGAGAACAAGACUAUAUCCCUUUCUUGAGACCAGUCAUGCAAUAAAACCUCAAUAUCCACUUCUCCUAACCUCUCAACGCAGAACUUCCUAUAUUUCGAGACAGAACAUUUUCUUCCGCUGUUGGAGGGGGAGUCCUUCAUUUGUCCAAAAACCACUACUGUUUUGGAAGAUUACCAAAUAAUGGCUUCCUGUGUUAGCAAAACAUGCUAAUUAUUGUAAUGCAACUUGCAUCUGAAGACUUAAACAUUUAUAUGACUGUACACACCUGAAGUUUUUAAUGUUUGAUGCUUUGCUGUAUUAUUUUAUAUUCUGUUGGAAGCUUCCCACAGUGGCUGGGGCAACCCAGUAAGAUGGGCAGGGUACAAGUAAUAAAUUAUUAUUAUUAUUAUUA